UGACCCGAGGAAGAGACUGGUGCGCCGCGGGGACCCGGCAGGGCGCCCCGUCGGAGUGCAGUGCGCCGGACACUUCAAGUGAGUUCCUGUGUGAUCCUCGCAGGAGCCCCAUGACCCGGGCAGAGACACGCCAGAGGGGAAGGAAGUGCCCGAGCCGGUAUUGGAGCCGGGGGCGUCCGAGGAGGGAAACUGAGGCUGCAAAACAUUUCCUUUCCUGAUUGCUGGAGCAGCCUUAGCAGUGCCUGAAACUGUGGGGGCCCUGGAGGGACAGGAAAGCCAGAAAUGGACUUCGUGAGACUUGCUCGGCUGUUCUCCAGGGCCCGCCCCAUGGGACUGUUCAUCCUGCAACACCUGGACCCCUGUAGAGCCCGGUGGGCGGGAGGCAGGGAGGGGCUGAUGCGGCCAGUGUGGGCGCCCUUCAGCAGCUCCUCCUCUCAGCUGCCCCUUGGCCAGGAGCGCCAGGAGAACACAGGCAGCCUGGGCUCUGACCCGAGCCACUCCAACUCCACGGCCACACAGGAAGAAGACGAGGAGGAGAGUUUUGGGACCCUCUCUGACAAAUACUCCUCCCGGAGACUAUUCCGCAAAUCCACAGCCCAGUUCCAUAACCUGCGGUUCGGGGAACGGAGAGAUGAGCAAACGAAGCCGGAGCCCAAAUUGUGGCGAGGCCAGAGAAACACCCCGUACUGGUACUUCUUGCAGUGCAAACGCCUGAUCAAGGAAGGGAAGCUGGUUGAAGCCCUGGACCUGUUUGAGAGGCAGAUGCUGAAGGAGGAGCGAUUGCAGCCCAUGGAGAGCAACUACACGGUGCUGAUUGGGGGCUGCGGGCGGGUCGGCUACCUGAAGAAGGCCUUCAGUCUCUACAACCAGAUGAAAAAGCGGGACCUGGAGCCCUCGGACGCCACCUACACGGCCCUGUUCAACGUCUGUGCUGAGUCUCCCUGGAAGGACUCAGCUCUGCAGAGCGCCCUAAAGCUCCGGCAGCAGCUGCAGGCCAAAAACUUCGAGCUCAACUUGAAAACGUACCACGCGCUGCUGAAGAUGGCUGCCAAGUGUGCAGACCUUAGAAUGUGCCUCGAUGUGUUCAAGGAAAUCAUCCACAAAGGGCACGUGGUCACAGAGGAGACCUUCAGUUUUCUGCUGAUGGGCUGCAUCCAAGACAAGAAGACGGGCUUCCGGUACGCCCUCCAGGUGUGGCGGCUGAUGCUGAGUCUGGGGCUACAGCCGAGCCGGGACGGCUACAACCUGCUGUUGGUGGCAGCUCGGGACUGUGGCCUAGGGGACCCCCAGGUGGCCUCAGAGCUGCUUCUGAAGCCCAGGGAGGAGGCGACCGUGCUUCAGCCCCCAGUGAGCAGGCAGCAGCCAAGGAGGACAGCCCAGGCCAAGGCAGGCAACCUCAUGUCAGCCAUGCUGCACGUGGAGGCCCUGGAGAGGCAGCUGUUUCUGGAAACUUCUCAGGCACUUGGGCCUCCAGAGCCUCCAGAAGCCAGAGUGCCCAGCAAGGCCCAGCCAGAGGUGGAUACCAAGGCAGAGCCCAGCCACACAGCGGCCCUCACCCCAGUGGCCCUGAAGCCACCUCCCGUGGAGCUGGAAGUCAACCUCCUGACCCCCGGGGCUGUUCCCCCCACCGUGGUCUCCUUUGGAACAGUGACCACCCCAGCUGACCGGCUGGCCUUGGUAGGGGGCCUGGAGGGCUUCCUGAGCAAGAUGGCAGAGCACAGGCAGCAGCCCGACAUCAGGACCCUCACGCUACUGGCCGAGGUGGUGGAGUCCGGGAGUCCUGCAGAGUCCUUGCUGCUGGCCCUCCUGGAUGAGCACCAGGUGGAGGCCGAUCUGACAUUCUUUAACACGCUGGUGAGAAAGAAGAGCAAGCUGGGAGACCUGGAGGGGGCCAAGGCGCUGUUGCCGGUCCUGGCAAAGAGGGGCCUCGUCCCCAACCUGCAGACAUUCUGCAACCUGGCCAUCGGGUGCCACAGGCCGAAGGACGGUCUACAACUUCUCACAGACAUGAAGAAGUCCCAGGUGACCCCCAACAGUCACAUCUACAGUGCCCUCAUCAACGCGGCCGUCAGGAAGCUGAACUACACCUAUCUCAUCAACAUCUUGAAGGACAUGAAGCAGAACAGGGUCCCGGUGAACGAAGUGGUCAUCCGCCAGCUGGAGUUCGCAGCCCAGUACCCUCCCACCUUUGACCGGUACCAAGGGAAGAACACCUACCUGGAGAAGAUUGACGGCUUCCGAGCCUAUUACAAGCAGUGGCUGACAGUGAUGCCCGCAGAGGAAACCCCACACCCCUGGCAGAAGUUCCGGACCAAGCCCCAGGAGGACCAGGACACCGGCAAGGAGGCUGAUGACGGAUGUGCCCUUGGGGGCAGGUGAUGGGAGCACAGCUGGAACAAUCUGCUCGGCCCCCAGUGCUCUGUGGGAGCCCCAGGACAAGUGAGCUGGUGUCACCUCCUGCCUGGGGGAAGACCCAGGCCCUGAGGAACAGCCGCAGCAUGUCACGGGUGUUGGUGUGAGGACACACACUAGGCCCAAGGUGCCUGUGCUCCCAGCAGGUCCAAGUGCAGCUCCAGCCACCUUUGCGUGUCUCCUUCACGGGACUUCCAGCUCCCCUACCUUUGUGUGUCACCUCGCACACCACAAGGGGGCUGGGGCAUCUGGUCCCGGGGGCCUGGUGCCGCCCCACUGGGUUCAUAGGCCAAUGCUCUGAAAGAAGAGACGUGGGGCCCGAGAGGUUUAAAAAUUUUAUUUUUACAAAUCACAGCUGAUGGACAGCGAAGCCUUCCCCGUAGAGACCGUGCUCCAACUCGGGCCUGGGGCACUGCUCGCUGCUCCCAGGAAGGGGGUGGCGUCACAGGCAGAAACCUGUGAAGUCCAGAGUCCACGGUGCAGAGCGUCAGCCUCAGCCAGAGCAGCCACGGCAGCCACAGUGUGUGCACUCGAUGAUGCGGCCCUGCAACAGAGGACAGUGAGACGAUGCCACUGCGCCAUGCUCACCCCUGCACGCUCACAUACGUGGCAACCCUCCCACGAAGGACCUGCCACCAUGCCAUAUAGAGACACACCUCAGAAACCCUUCCUUGACAGCUCUGGACAGGGAAAAUUUGGCUCCCUCACGAAGGUAGAAACAGCUGCUGUUGACACCGAGGUUACAUCUGUAUGUAUAUUUGUAAUACGUUCUGCAAAUCCAACACACAUUUGCCAAUCAAGAAAAAGAAA